AUGCCUGAUAACAUAGAAGAUUACCACGUUCAAGACGAAGUGCUACGACAUAGUCUGGAAAAUCCUCAAGAGUUCUGGAGACACCAGGCUGAGCAACUUCACUGGCACAAACCGUUCUCUUCCACUAUCCAGUUGACACAAAAGACACUGAAGAAUGGUGUCACACACGACAGCUGGGAGUGGUUUCCAGACGGCGAGAUAUCUACUUGUUAUAACUGCGUCGAUCGACAUGUGCUCGAUGGUCACGGUGACUCGGUUGCCAUAUACUUUGAUAGCCCUGUGACAAAUACCAAGGAGAGAUACACAUACAGCCAGCUACUACAUGAAGUCGAAACACUCGCUGGUGCUUUGAGGGAGCAAGGGAUAAACAAGGGAGAUGUCGUGAUGCUGUAUAUGCCCACGAUCCCUGCUGCAGUUAUAGGUAUUCUUGCUGCCAAUCGUCUUGGCGCUAUUCACUCUAUUGUCUUUGGGGGUUUUGCCCCUUUUGCACUUGCCCAGCGCAUCGAUUCAUGUCAUCCAGUUGCCAUCCUAACAGCUUCUUGUGGCAUUGACGGCAACAAGCCCCCCAUUGCAUACAAGCCUUUGGUGGAAGAAGCUAUCAGACUGUCUACUCAUAAACCAAAAAAUGUUAUUGUUUGGCAAAGGGAUCAGCUCAAAUGGGAUAUCGACACGAGUGCCGGUCAGCUGGGCUGGAAGGCUUUAACUGAGAAGGCCCGGUCUCGAGGAAUCAAGGCAGACUGUGUCCCUGUUAAGAGCACCGAUCCUGUCUACAUCAUUCACACUUCAGGCACAACUGGAACUCCCAAAGGCGUGCUACGUGAUGCCGGCGGUCAUGCUGUCGGUCUACAUCUUUCUAUCAGCUACCUAUUCCAUAUUACUGGACCUGGUUGUGUUUCUUUUACUGCCUCCGAUAUUGGUUGGAUCGUCGGCCAUUCAUACAUUAUCUAUGGCCCUCUUCUCACCGGUGCUGCAACCAUCUUGUAUGAGGGAAAACCUGUUGGUACUCCCGAUGCGUCUGCGUUUUGGAGGAUAGUCGAUGAGUACAAGGUCAACACCAUGUUCACUGCACCGACAGCUCUCCGUGCCAUCAGACGCGACGACCCAUAUAGCCAAAUGUUUAUUGACUAUGGCAAACGAGGGGCUCUCAAGAGUCUAAGAGGUCUUUUCCUCGCUGGAGAACGCUCUGAGCCUACUCUUAUCGAGAGUUACCAGAAGCUUAUGACACAGUAUUGUGCUGAAAAUGCUCAAGUAGUCGAUAAUUGGUGGUCGACUGAAGUCGGUUCCCCUAUCACCGGGCGAGCACUUGUCCCGCACGCUGGAAAAGAUCGAAAAACAGAUGUCCGGGGACAUCAGCCUCCUUGUUUGAGGGCUGGGAGUGCUGGAAAAGCGAUGCCAGGCUUUGAUGUUCGCAUUGUUGACGAUGAAGGUGUUGAAGUGGACAGGGAAUCCAUGGGGAAUAUCGUUCUAGCGAUGCCGCUUGCUCCAACAGGCUUUCGUACUUUAUGGCAAGAUGAAGAGCGCUUUUGGAAAGGUUAUCUGAAGAGAUUCGAGGGUAAAUGGCUCGAUACUGGCGAUUCGGGCUGGAUUGACCGACAAGGCUAUAUCCAUGUGAUGUCGCGCAGUGACGAUGUGUUAAAUGUCAGUGCACAUCGUCUUUCCAGCGGGUCCAUUGAGCAGGCCAUUGCCACGCAUCCACGCGUUGUGGAGGUUUGCAUCAUAGGUGUACCUGACUCACUCAAAGGACAACUGCCCUUCGCCUUUGUGACGCUCUCGGGGCAGGUCGCCUCAGAUCCAGCAGUUCCAGACCAGGAAAUCUUCAAAGAAAUCCAGCAGUUAGUACGCGGUCAAGUCGGUGCCAUAGCUUCCUUAGGGGGCAUCAUCCAAGGCAAGUGUAUGAUUCCGAAAACACGAUCCGGCAAAAUGCUCCGGCGUGUGCUUAAGGAGAUGGUGGAAAACGCAAUUCGGGGCGAGUUUGAUAAAGAGGUGAUGGUACCCAGCACAAUAGAGGACUUGGCCACCUUGGAUAUUGCUCGUGCCAAAAUCAGCGAAUAUUUUGGGCAGGCGGAAGCUAGGGAUGUUGAGGAUUCUAUGGUCAAGGCUCGUCUAUAA